CCGGAAGUGCAGUAGCCGGAAGUGGAGGGUUAAAGGUCGCGGCAGAGGCUCUCUGGGAAGGUGGAGGAGACCGCACGUGGACAUCGUCGCCAGCGGGGAGAAUGGGCAAGGCUAAGAAGACCAAGAAGUUCGCGACGAUGAAGCGCAUGAUCAACCUGCGGGACGAGCGCCUGAAAGCCAAGGACCGGGUGAAGCCGAAGGAGAUGAAAAAGAAGAAGGACCUGAAUGCCAUUAAGGAGGUGGACGCGCCCCAGUACCCGUCGUGUCUGUUCUUCCAGUACAACACCCAGCUGGGUCCCCCCUACUAUGUACUCGUCGACACCAACUUCAUCAACUUCUCCAUCAAAGCCAAGCUCGACGUCAUGCAGUCAAUGAUGGACUGCCUCUACGCCAAGUGUGUUCCUUGCAUCACCGACUGCGUCAUGGCCGAGCUGGAGAUGCUGGGACUCAAAUACAGAGUGGCGCUCAGGAUCGCUAAGGAUCCUCGCUUCGAGCGGCUGCCCUGCUCACACAAGGGCACCUACGCAGACGACUGCCUCGUGCAGAGAGUCACACAGCACAAGUGCUACAUCGUGGCAACAGUCGACCGUGAACUGAAGAGGCGAAUCCGCAAAGUCCCUGGAGUCCCCAUCAUGUACAUCUCCAACCACCGGUACAACAUCGAGCGCAUGCCAGAUGAUUUCGGAGCACCCAGGUUCUGAGAUGCUGUGCCCUUUCCGCUCUCUUCCUCUCGCGUCGCGGAUUCAAACCAAUCUUACCCUGUCCCGGUGUACCCUGAGUAUAACUGGAUCUAUAAAGUCCGUGCAUGACCUGGCAUAGGAGUUGUGCUAAGAAUGACGAAGGGUGAUUGUUCAGUUGAAAGUAUUUUAUUGUAUAGGGUCGAGCAAAUUUCUUUUCCUAGUGGUGAAUCAACUGUUGUUUUUCCAGAAAAUACUGAAACAUGGAUGCACAUCUUGAAAAAUCCAGAGACAUUUGGAGAGAGUAAAAACAGAGAAAUCUAAACAGCCAUACAACACUCACCAGACCUGGCUCCCCCUAGUGUCCUUGCAUUCUGCUCACCGUUCCAUAUUUGGCAAACACCCGAAUCGUAUAACCUGCAUCAUCAAGAGGUUGAUUUUCAUGUCUGAGGAUAUUAGGUUUCAUCAUUGUAUAACUGUAUAUAUAAAUGCCUGUGGAAUAAAACAAACUUCAGCCCACAA